CUUCCCGGCGUGCUUAGCUGCAUGUGCCGGAAACGACUGUAGUAGAGGUGACAGCGAACAUGGCAGCUCGCAUAGGGUGCUUGGUGCGGCGGUUCAGGCCAGAGGUAGUGAUCGGGAGGAGGAUGCUUCACGUUGGGGCUCCUUGUGGCUCCCAAGCCAGAACACCUGCCUUCUCAGACCCAGAUGUGCAAAGUCUGCUGAAGAAGAUAACAGGUCUUAACCUAGAAAAGGUCUUCAAGCCAACAAAGAGGCAAUUAACGCCUCCCACGUACAAGCUACUCACAGAAGCUCAGUAUGAAGAGUCGUUAUUGAAGGCAGCUAAGGAUGCUGAGAGGUACCUGGAAAUGCCACCGGUUUUGGGUGAACGUCAGCCAAUAAAUGAUGUUCUUGCUGAGGAUGAAAUCCUAAAGGAUAUAGAAACCACUAAAUACGUGUUUAGUGACAUAACUUUCGGCACUCCACAUCGUGAACGGUUCAUUGUGGUGAGAGAGCCGAAUGGCGUCCUACGGAAAGCCACAUGGGAGGAGAGGGACAGAAUGAUCCAAGUUUAUUUCCCCCAAGAAGGACGAAAGCUGGUUCCCCCACCUGUGUUCAGGGAGGAGAAUAUGCAGGUCUUGUUCCAGCAGGAUCGGCAUGAAGAACUUUUGAACCGAUGUGUAGUUCAAUUCGAUCCAGAUUCGUCAGAAUAUAUCAGAGUACACCAGCAAACAUAUGAGAACAUUGAGCAGCAUGGGAAGUAUGAUCUGCUACGUUCCACGCGGCACUUUGGUGGCAUGGCUUGGCACCUGUGCUGCAGACAGAAGAUAGAUGGACUUCUUAUAGAUGUGAUACAGAGGGACUUGUUAGAGGAUGCCGUUUGUUUAAUCCGAUUAUAUCACAUGCUGCAUCCGGACACGCAAUGUGCAACAGAGUCGCAGGGAGCUGAUGGUGUAGAGCUGAUUAAGAUCUUUGUGAAAAUGGAGGCCCAGAAGCCUGGCUACAUAGAGCUAGCACUACAGGCAUAUCAGGAAGCCAAGAGCCGCGCAGCCUCGUCCUGACCGCUCUGUGAAAUAGCCUUGCAUUUCUGUUUAACCCUAUUAGAAUCAUCACAGAGAACAACAAGAGUUUGUGCUAUCCCGCUGAUACUGACUGCAGCCAUGUGGUUAUAGACUGCAGUUGAGUUGAGCAGUUGAUGGCAUUGGUACAUGUAUCCAUCUCGCUGGAAACCUGUGCUCCAGAAAGAUACAUUUGUUCUGUUAUUACUUCUUUAUAAUAAAAUAUUUACUACCAUA